AGACUAAAACCGAGCGCGCCCCGUUCAGCCUAAGGCAGCCCGCGCGGCCCAACCUGUUACACAGACCAAACAGGCGCUCGCGCCGCCGCGUCCCGUUCGUCCGCGCAUUAACUUCCGUCUUCCUCCUAAACUCAUCGUUGCCGUUGUGAAGGUGGCGCCGAACGUCUCUGAGUGUGUUCUGUUAGUGGUGGGUCGUCGGAACAGAAGAUGUCCGACAGCUUCAGGUGGACGGUGCUGGUUCUGAGCUGCCAGCACAAAGACAGCGUCUACGCCUUCCAGAGAGAGCUGGAGCUGCGGCAGCAGCGGGGCGGCCUCUUCCAGGGGACGUUGGUUUUGACCGUGCAGGACCGCCAGGAGCCGCCGGGCAGCGGCGGGGCCACGCUGAACGCGCUGCUGGUCGCUGCAGAGCACCUGAGCUCCAGAGCGGGACACACCGUGGUGACGGCGGACGUCCUGGAUGGAGCUCACAUCCUCAUCCUCCACGCGGGCCGGGAUUUCCCUUGGAGCUCGUGCAGCAGGGCGUUCUGCUGGUUGCCUCAGGAGAAGCCCGGUCAGAGGGUCCAGGCUCCGGUCUGCUGCCUGGACCUGCUGCUGGACGGCCUCAGCGACCGGAUCUGCCCCGGUUCUCCUCCUGGCGUUUGGGUCUGCAGCACCGACGUGGUCCUGACGGUGCCCCCUGACUUUGUUCUGUCCUGGGACGGGUUCUCUGGGGUUCGGGUUCUGGCUCUACCUGGUGAUAUCUCCUACGCAGCCGACCACGGGGUGUACCUGGCCGACCCACAGGGUCAGGUCAGGGACAUCAUCUACAAAGGAACCGAGGAGCAGAUUGGUGAAGCUGUGAUGCCCGAUGGGAAGGUUCCACUGGUAUCAGGUCCGGUCUUCUUCAGCAGGUCUGUUUCAGAGAAGCUGUUGCAGGCUCACGUCGCUCCUCCUCUGGACGGCUGCACCUACCUGGGCCUGGACUCUGGAGCUCCACCGCUCCAGGUCUCUCUGUUCCUGGACGUGUUGAAGUGUCUGUGCUCAGACGUGACUCGGGAUCAUUUUGUGAGUGAGGAGAGAGUCGGCUGUAGCUCCGUUGUAGGUCCGCAGGGGGCGCUGGUGAGGAGCGGCAGAGCCCAGCUGUGGAGGCUCCUCAGAGGGACUCCUCUCAGACUGGCCUACGUGUCCGCCGGUCGCUAUGACUACCUGACUCUGUCCGGGAAGCAGCACAUCAGCCGGCUGACCCGUGAGCAGACCAGCACCAGCGUGCUCUCUCACAUCCAGAGGCAGAGUUUAGUGAGUGACGGGGCUCAGGUCAUCAACAGUGUUAUGGAGGGAGACGUUGCCGUGGCGAUGGGAGCGGUGGUGCAACACUGCCACCUACAGGGUCCCCUGAGCGUCCCGGCGGGCUGUUUGCUGUCGGGGCUGGAGUCUUCAGCUUCGCCACACGUGAGGCGGCUGAACCUGUCGGACCACCUCAUCGUCCAGGGACAUCGGAUCGAGCUGGGCCGCUUGAAGCUGAGCGUCUACAGCGCCGUGGGAGCAGAUGACGACCUGGAGGCCUCCUGGGACGGCGCCAACGCCUCCUUCCUCAACCAGAGGUGGAGCCUCUUCCACAGCAGGACGGGAAUUCAGCCAGACGAGUUGUGGGCCGGAGGAGAAAAGCGCUCCCUCCUGGAGGCCCGUCUCUUCCCGGUGCUCCACCCCAGAGAAGGUGCAGUGGGUUUGGAGGCAGGAGUGGGCUGGCUGCUGGGCGGAGCCGGCUGUCUGUGGAGGUGGAGGGAGGCAUGGAGGCUCUCUCUCAGGGAGGUGCUGGCGCUGACCCACCAGGAGGGGGAGCUGCAGUGGAGGGAGGCGCUGCUGCUCCUGGCAGGGAGCAGGACGGCGUGUGAGGUGCUGACCCGGGGGGCGGACGUCUGCCUGCUGCCGAUGUUCAGGGCUGCAGUGUUGGGAGGUCAGCAGGAGGCGCUGCUGGAGACUCUGGACAACCUAGCAGCAGAGACCCGGCAGCAGGGCCUGGACUCGGACCUGGGCGUCGCCGCGCGCUGCCUCUCCUGCAUCGCUGACGUGCUGGUGCUCAUGGCUGGGGGGAGGGGGGGUCUGAGGAGCGGACCUGCUGCUAACGAGGCGUGGAGCGCCGCCUACCGCCUGCUGGAGGAGGGAAACCUGAGCGCAGGAGUCCACGCGCUGGCGGCAGAGAGGGAGCGCUGGCUCGGCCGGCCGGACCUGCUGGUUCGGGCAGCGCGCCACUACGAGGGGGCCGCACAGGUGCUGAUCCGGAAGGCGGUGAUGUCAUCACACAGGUUCAUGUCCAUCGGUCAGGGCGCCGUCCCACCACUAGGGCAGUGGCAGGAGGUGGCGUGCCCCGCCAGACUGGACCUGGCAGGCGGGUGGAGUGAUACUCCUCCCAUCGCCUUUGAGCACGGCGGAUCCGUGACCAACGUCGCCGUGACCAUCGACGGGAAACGUCCCAUUGGGGCCAGAGCUCGUCGCGUGUCGGAGCCUCACCUCCUGCUGGUGAGCUGCUCUGGAGGGAAGCACAGUGGGGUCUCAACUCAAACGCUGUGCUGCAGCCUGGAGGACCUGAGGGACUACAAUCAGCCUCACGCUCCCGGUAGGAGGCCGCAGCCGGACUCUGCCGGCUUGGGAAGUUUGGCAGCUCAUCCUCUGGGGCGCCAGCUGGAGCAGAAGUGGGGAGGAGGUGUGGAGCUGCAUAGCUGGUCAGAGCUGCCCACCGGAUCCGGUCUGGGUACCAGCAGCAUCCUGGCGGGGGCGCUGCUGGCCGCGGUCUACAGAUGUACAGGUCGAAGCUACGACACAGACUCCCUGAUCCAUGGCGUGCUGUAUCUGGAGCAGGUCCUCACCACAGGUGGAGGCUGGCAGGAUCAAGUUGGAGGCUUGGUGGGCGGAGUUAAAGUUGGCCGUUCCACAGCUUCUCUGCCCCUGCAGGUCACAGUGGAACGCCUCCAACCUCCAGCGGACUUCCUGGCUUCUCUAGAGCAGCACCUGCUGUUGGUGUACACCGGCAAAACCCGCUUGGCACGAAACCUGCUGCAGGAUGUGGUCCGUAGCUGGUACAGCCGUCUGCCCUCCAUGGUCCAGAACGCCCAGCAGUUGGUGGCCAACUCAGAGCAAUGUGCCAGAGCCUGCUCAGAGGGCUGUCUGUCAGCGCUCGGCCAGUGUCUGGACCGUUCGUGGCAGCAGAAGAAGCUGAUGGCUCCGGGCUGUGAACCAGCCUCGGUGAGGGCCAUGAUGGAGGCCCUGAGGCCGCUGGUCCUGGGUCAGAGCCUGGCUGGAGCCGGCGGCGGGGGAUUCCUUUACCUGCUGACCCGAGAGCCCGGACAGCGACAGGCGGUGCUGCAGGUCCUCCACGGCACGGCGGGUCUGGGAGACUUCAGCGUUCACUCCGUGGAGCUGGACAUGGACGGGAUCUCAGUCCUCCCACCGUCCUGAGGCUCCUGGCAGAAGCCUGCUCGGUGACCCAGCAGUCAUUGGUGUCAGGCGGUACUGACCUGAAUCAUUCUGGACUGAGAGCACGCAUGACAUGCUGUGUGAUGGUUCAAGACUUCAGCAUCAGGAGACAAAUGUUUGGUUUUUCAUUAAGGUCUUUGUUAAUAAAGGCUCGGUGCCACUGUGA